AAAUGCAUGCCAAAUCAACGGGGAAGAUUUUUGUUUUGUUUUUGUCAGUGAACGACCACCACGCUCUGUAUACAAAUGCAAUUCAGUCAUGAAAAAUCGUCGUACAUAAUGAAGAGAAAUAGCUGACGGUGAGGCUGUUAGUAAAAUGUGGAUUUUCAGGAUUAUUUGUUGCUGUUGGUGUGACAUCAUUUCUGUUUCGCCUGGUGCAUUGAAACAACUGUGUCAUCAGUGUACGGGACACUCUUGUCAAGUUCAUCGUCUGUUGCCGUAUGAUGGAUGAACCGGGCGGUGGUUUGCUAAUUGCUUCGUGGACAACCUCUUUCCCGCACUCGUUCUCUACGUUGAGUGUAUGUGUUUUUUAACCCAUCGCCAUCCACAUUCACAAAGGGAUGAAUCACGGCGCGGUAAUGGAGUAAUUCGUCACAAUUAUACCUUAAAAACAAAUCAAAUCAAAGUAUCUUCCAUGCAAGUGUCUGCGCUAUCGCAAAAUGGCGUCGACAGAUUGGAGGACAACUUCUGCUUCGGUUUCCACCGAGCACGUUCCAAUUUCUUUCACUUCAACAACACCUCCCGAACUAUGGGAGACGGAACACGUUACAACAGACAACGUUGCAGUAAAUACAACGACAGAGGAUAUUAUUACCUUGGAGCAUACAACAUCUACCCGUGGAGUAACAAAUGAAACCCAGUUCGAUGAACAGUGGUCGACUUCCCAGACGACUAUAUUGGGCAACAACACGUUUCACCAGUCGUCAAACUUGAGCACCACAACGCUAACCACUGAAGGAGCAGACGAGAAUUUUACAACGCCACAAGAUUUUGGCGGGAGGUCUGUUUUCACUUCGUCUGUGGUGACGGCAACAUUUUCUGAGAUCUUAAAUGAAACUGAUGUUGCACCUACGACCAACUCGAUGACAGCUUACGAUGAGUUCAAAUUGGCGCUAUUCGUCACGUUAUCAAUUGUCAUCGGCUGCUUCGCCAUCACAGCCAUAUCACUCCGCAUCAGGAGUAAAUUUAAGAAGAGGAAACAAGGUGCGGAGGAGAGCAAGAAGAGGCGACCCAGAGAGGAAUCGUCUCCUAAAGAGGGGAAACCACCAGUAAGGCGAGUGACCAUAAAGAUGGGAAGGCGUACAUCUUGUAGCGCCAAGAAUACCACAAAGCCUCUGAGACGCUCCCAUAGUCCAUCAUUACAGUCAAGGGCCAGGAUACCUAAGGUACACGUUGAGAACAGUCUAGAUCGUAACCGAACACUGGAUGCACUCCUUGAUGCUGGGACCUACCCAUCUCAAAACAACAGUUUCCCCCCAGGGGUCAGGCAGCAUCGCACCAACAGUGACUUAUCAUCAUCCAAGACCAAACUCUUGGCCAAGAACCUCAGCCAUGAUGCCAACGAGCACGCCUAUGAUAACCCAGCCAUCUCCUUAAUCGAGGAGAUUCCGACUGAGACGUCAGUUCUAAGCGAGGAGAAUCGCAUACCUCUAGGACUAACAAGUGAUGUUGAUGUUCACCAUAGCAACUUGGUUGCCAUGACGAGGGACGACUCAGAAUCGGAUGAUGCCUCUCUAGAGGAGAAGAGCACCUGCAUUGAGAGCUCCGAGACGGAGAGCUUGAGCGAUGCUAAGAAGCGCUUUAAACUCAAUCAGUACUUUGGGAUGCGAUCCAACCAGCGGAACGACUCAAAAGACUCGGGGUAUGUUGAGAGUUUCAUUUCACAGGAUAGUUUGCGACUGAGAGCAAUGGCUUCUUUGGAGGAGGGCAGACCUCUUGCAGAUGACCGAAUGUUCUCUCACAAUCACGACAGAAUCAUGUCGAGACUUGGUUCAAUCGAUCCGGGCCUCUUCAUGGCGAGUGUUGAUGAGACCUCGGCGAGUAUUAACCUCAAUCGAUCCAGCUCGGUGAAGUCCGAGUACCAGGAACGGUUUAUCUCACCGAGUAGCAUCAGCGUGGAUGGAGUCAUGGGAAUCAGACGAUCCCGCUACAGCGUCCCAUCCUAUCCAAGUCAAAACCCGUACUAUUUCCAAAGAAACGCACCCAAUAGUCGAAGUCCCUACCAUGAGACAUAUAGCACUCCCUAUAUGCCAUACCAGACCAGUUUGAGGCAUUACCAAAGCAGUGACAGUAGUGUGUAUGACUGUUACUCAACACAGAGCGACUAUGGCUCUAUGAAGAGGAAACACAGCCAUGGCAGCCGGGUCCUUCCCAAGAGCCUCAGUUAUGACAUGGCUCUCCACAACUACCACCAAGCUAGUACCUCGCCACGUCGCAAUGGCUCUUAUCAAGAGUGCGCAAUGAACAGACGAGCCAAGCGUUUUGUUAAACGCCGCAGUCUCGGAACGCAAACGGCAGACCCUGACCUGAGCCAGGAUUCCACUGUUAAGUCACUGGUGCAGUGGGACUACGACAGCUUAGGAAACCUUGUCGCAAAACGGAUAGAAGGUCAGGAAAUGGAUUUUAUUGGACCCGUUUACAUGGCAGAAGAACUCCAGGAACCUAACAGGCAAAAUGCAAAUUGUGUUAUUGAAAUUGAUGGUUCUAUCGAUACUUCUGUUUAAAGAAAAUAGAAACAAAAAAUUAAAAAUUAUUAUGAAUUCUCUUAGUGAAUCAAGAUAAAGCACAUUGGUGAAGUUAUAGAGCACCAUGACUUGCCUGCCCCAAAUUAGAUUAAAACAUACUUUAAAAUGCGCAAGUGAAUGGAACGAUUCAUAAAAUAGCCCUCCCCUAAAAACAUAAAAUGAUGUUGUUGCCCCCACAUGAAAAUGCCGGAUUACUGCAUAGGUCAAGGAAAAUGCCAAUUAAUAACACAACAUGAACAUUUUUGGAUCGAUAUAUCCUUCAUGGCAAAGCUUCACAGCGAGGUGGUGAUAUUGGCAACACAAAUGAGCAAGGGGGUCACCGGAAGUAGCGAUGUGGGCUGCCUCAUUAUUGAAUUGGAAGGGUACUCAGGAAGAUUACUCCUAGUAAGGUUUGCGGUAACACCAUGUAAAGAUGAUCUCUAAAUAAGUUGGGGUGGUUCUGAAAAAAACCCAUAGGUUUAAACUCGAAACUGAUGAUGCGGAUUAGCUUGGUGAUGCACGAAGGCGGUAACUGGAGCUUGAUGACGCUUCGGAACACUGGAUCCUACCCAGGUUCCUUGGGCUCAUUGGUGCUCAGAAUGCUUAAUACAAUCUUAUACAGACACCAGUCAUGUACUGUACCUUCCAUUAAAGCCAAUUACGUUUAUUUCUGAAUGUUUAAACUAACAAGCCUUAAUUAACAAAACUGUGUAUUCAACGAGUGCUGAUACGUUUUCCCAGAGUGAUGUUGAUACAGUUGCUCAAUGUUUAUAAAAGGCCUUAUGUGAAUUAAUUUUUAGUACAAUAAUAAGUUGUUUUCAGUUGGGGCAUUCUUUAAUUUCAUGAGGUGAAGUAGAUAACUAAGACUUUUUCAUUUUAGUGAUUUGGGGGGGGGGGGGGUGCCCUAAACCUUACCAAUAGGAAACUAUCUGCAAGAAAUGCAAGGCUUUCAACAAACUUGUGAUUGUACUGAUUUUUCAAAGGGUGUUAUUUAGUUUACAGGUCUAUGUACAAAAGAUGUUUAUAACUACUAUUUUUUCUUAUCACUUGCCUUUUAUAUUACCAUUAUUUGAGAAAAAAAAAACACGUCUACAUUGUUGCAUAUACAUGUAAUGUCCACAUGUAAGUUGGAUGGUGUGUUUAUUGUAAAGCUAGAGAGUAAAAACCAAUUCACUCUUUCAAAACCCAGUGUUGUGAUUACAUUUUUAAGAAGACUUGUGUUAAAGCCAUUUGACACUUUCUGAACAGAACAAAAAUUAAAAGUUCACAGAUUUACGAAUAACUUACAGGGU